AUGGAAGCAGCGGCGAAGAAGGUCCAACUGCUGGCCCAGCGCAUCCUGCCCGACCGACCGCAUCAUCUCUCCGUGUCCCCCGACCAGCGAUUUCGCGUCCCACCCGAUCAUAGCAAACUCUUUGAGGAAUUCAAGUACCCGCGCCUGCAGUACAUGACGCUAUUGUCCGACGCGGAUCGCGGCAUGCUGCUCACUCGUCCGUACUAUGACAUGCGCGAAGAACCUCCAAACCUCACCGCCGCCAAGGAUCCGAACGCGAAAAUGGAGAAGAAGUCCGUGACCAAGCUGUCGCUGAGUGACUAUAAGAACAAGCAGAAGAAGGUGUCGGAUUCCCUUCCCGACUCCGGAACUACGCCGAAACCAGACACCUCCCGGAGGAAGGAGGAGGUGGCAGACGGUCGAAUGGACCGAGAAUCCAAAAAGACGGACGCAUACCGAAUACGCGAAGCGGAGGCGUCGAAGGAUGUCAAGGCGCACAGACAUCACGAAGUCGCCCACGAUGAAAGAGCGAGCAGGCUUGAGGCAAGGCCCAGGGUCGCCCAAGAAAGCAAUGAUACCCCAGAGAAGAGGAAGCGGAUCGUGGACGCCGAGAACGAGUCGCGACCCCAGAAGCGAGCGAGACCCGAAGCCAGCACCCCGCUGGACGAACGAUCGCGAACGCCCCGAGACGAUACCCCAAGAAGGAAAGAGAUGCAUUCAUCGCAGGAUCGGAUAUCCCAGAAGGAUGGCAAGCCUGGCACGGCCUCCUCGUCAUUACCCAACGGACGAUCGACUCUGAAAACAGCUCUGGGCUCGGGCUCAGGCUCAGGGCCCAUUAAGUCGCCCAUGUCGCGUGCGCGAGGCGACUCCGUUAAUGGCAACAGACCGAGUCCCUCGGGCAGCAGAGCCAGAGCCGAUACCGCAUCGUCGAGGUCAGCAGUCCCGCCAUUGCUGUCUCCUCUACAUCUACCAAAUGAGUCCGAUUCUCGUCCCAAAGACAAAUGGCGAGAUGAUGUUGGCGAGCACAGUAGACCCCCGAAGUCUCUGAAAUCGGAACCGCCGCCAUCUAUCAAGAGGCCGAAAUCCCCCCUCAAGCUCCCGGCGCUCCUCUCGCCGACAUUACCCCCGAUGCUUGAGGAGGAACUUGCCCGGUUGAAAAAUACACCUACCAAAGGCUCUACCUCAAGCCAAAGAACGCAACCUCCAGAUUCCCCGACAACCGGCAAGAGGUCGCAUACUGUAGUAAAAGAAGAGGACGAGGAUCGAAAAGAGCCAAAGGAAAAGGCCAGGGACAGGCCGCGCAGGUUCAUGGUCACGCUCAAGUAUAGCAAGAAGUACACAAAAUCUGUGCAGAGACUGCUUGCCCUGCCGACUAGGAAAGAUGCGGUCAAGAAAGAGCGCUCAGUGAGUAUAGAACCCCCGGCGCCGCCUCAGGCGCGGAAACGACCCAUGGGCAGUACCGAGAAUGUCGGCGAUUCGAUCUCGGUAAAACGACCAAGGAUGUCGGACGUCCCGAGUUCUUCUAAGCUGGUUACGCCUUCAACACCAUCAAAGGCGGCCACGUCAAUGUCGAGAGUGGCAUCGAGCAACUCGGUUAAUACUCCCGGGGACGGUAGCGGCCUAACCCCCGCUGCGCCGCCCUCGUCGGACCGUGACCGACCACAGACAAGAGACGAGAGCAGAGAUGCUGCGAACUCAUCCAAGAUCCAAGCGCUGCGGGAUCGCUCGAGCCGGUUUAGCAGACUUGGCACCAAGUUGAAGCAUGAGCGCGACAUGCUCCUGGAGCGUAAAAACAGCGACCGCGGUGCCCCAUUGUCCGACUCGGACAACAAGCUCAGCAUGAUAUUGGGGCUAGAAGCCGCGUUGGCUUUCAUGGUCGGCUUUAGGGCGCUGUUCGAGUCACGGCGAAUGGAGAACAAGGCGCAAGACCCCAAGCAGUGGGGUAGCAUUCUGCCAUUACUUGCCGUCAUGCGUCACGAUGUGCGAAAGAGCAGACCGCUGGAGGCGCUGUUUUGGCAGUUGCAGGGCGUGAUUUACGAGGAGCUCAUCAAGUGCUACUGGUCCCUCGACCCUGCGUCUCACGCAGUGCAGAUGAUCAACUCGGAACGAUCCCGGUCCGCUGUGUGGAAAUCAGCCUUUGACGCCGCUGAGCGCGUCGAGGCAUCUGCGAUGCGCACCAACAUGGGCCCGUGGACGAGCGUGGAGGAUGCGGUGUCGUCGUCAUUGAAGGUCAUGCGCCGGUGGACGCAAGAGGAAAACGUCUCGUGGCGGGCCGAGGUCACUGUAUCAGCCGCCAACGGAACGUUGUCAUAG